GCAAUUCCCCAAACCCUAAAACCGCAAAUCUCCUCUUCGUCUCAGGCCGCCCAUAUAUGUCUACCCGCCCUCCCUAGCCUCAUCACAAAUAUUCUGUCACUGUGAUAUAUGCCGAUGCCGAUUCCGAUUCCGGGCCUUUCGUGGCUAUUCCGUUGGUGGUCAUGCCGGAGUACUCCCUCAUCAAUUGGUGAUCCUUCACCAUCUGGGUCAUCAAUUGCUAGAAAUUUUACUCACGAAAUCGCUAUCUAUAUGCCAAUCCAUCAUAAAGUGGUGCUGUUUGGGAGGUGGUAUGUCAUUCCCGUUGGGGUUGAUGCGGACGGUAUGUUCAUCGGUGAGGAACGGACGAUCAAACCAUUUUGGGAAGGAGAGCAUUCGUGGUAUUCUACCUUCGGGGCCCUAGGUUCCACUAUUUACCGUUUUGGUCCUGAUGAUGAUGUAUUUAAGCUGGAUCCCAUGACGGAUGAACGUUGGAUCCGUGCUCCAUCGAUGAACACUCGCAGAAGCCUACCUCACAAAUUGGCCUUAGGUUCUAAACUGUAUGUUUUGGGCUCUGAUCCGAGAUCUAACGGCUGCUAUGCCGAGGUUUUUGACCCCGUCACUAACAAGUGGGUAGUCUUGCCUGAUCCUCCAUAUCAAAUGUCAUAUUUUAUAAUUUCUGCAGCUCUUGAGAAUCCCAACAGGAUUCUUGUUGCUUCACAAACACCAGAGUCACUGGCUCCGGGCUGCUCUUAUGAUAAUAAGUUUGCUGUUUUCUUUGUUUAUGAUGUCGGGCAUGGAUAUUGGAAGAUGCUUGAGCCCGCACGGCGCAAGAUACAUCGCAAUUGUCCUAUAGGUUGGGGAGGAAUGGCACGAGCCGCAGGCAGUUUUUUAUACUGGAUUACAGAGGACUUGGAUUUGCUUUGCUAUGAUUUAGACUUGGAUAUGUGGCUCCUCGGGGAACUGAAUGGUAUCGUACUUCCUCAUGGAGAUCCCUUUGUUCCUGUAUUCGUCCAUUUAGAGAAUCACAGGUUCUGCAUUUUACAAUGCCUACUAUAUGAAGAGAAUAAUUAUUAUAUUCAGUGCAAGAUUGUCGAUGUAACUCGUAUACCCGAGGAGAAGAGAUUGGGCGUCUCAGUUGUUUGGUCGCAUCAAUUUAAGACGGAUGAUCCAACUACCAUAAGGGAGUGCUGUUUACUGGGUAAGUAGAUUUAGAGAAGCCAAGCAAGGUGGAAAGUGCAAACAGCAAAGAGAAUUAUGAUACUAGGUUGCAGCUUUCUCUUAAUUGACCACUAUUGUCUAGAUUAGGUAUAUAUGCAACCACUUAUAUCAUGACAUUAUCCGAUGCUCUCAACUGAAAGGAAUAUGUUUUUUUUUUCUUUAAUUUGAUGAGUACCCUGAAAUCAUAUCAUGUAUGCACAAAAAUAUUGAUACUUUUGUGAUGAA